AUGGAGUCGAUUAAUCGAACACGUGUUAUCGCGGCAUAUGAAAACAUGAUAUCUGAUGAAUUACGUGCGUUAUUGAAUUCACGACCUCCUAGGGAUGUUUGUUGUCGUGCGAGAGCGCGCCGUGUAGCAAUACUUAAAUCAAGACGGAUAAAAGCGAGGACAAGACCACCAGAAACCGGGUUGGUGUUGCCGAUUUACGAAGAUGAUUACGUGCAUUUCCUCGCAACCGAUUCGGAUUCUGAUCAUGGUGAUAGGGAGGACCAAACAGACGACGAUAAUGCAAUGGAUUAUGAUUUUGUUGAACAUCUCGAUAACGCCGAUGAGUGUAUUAUGGAACAGGAAGGGUUUGGAUCCAUACCGAUCAUAAAUGUGAAACCUGGAUUAACAGAAAACGGUUAUUUUGAUGAUGGAGAUCCGUUUUAUACCUGUCAAAAUUGCGGUGCUUAUAUGUGGUUUGGCGAGCGUAUUAACAAACGUGGAGCUAAAAAUAGGCCUAUAUUUUCUAUGUGUUGCAUGAAGGGUAAAGUGGAGCUGCCUAAACUAAAAAAUCCUCCACCGGUGCUUAUGUCGAUGUUGUAUGGCAAGGAUGAGACAAGCAAAAAUUUCCGUGCUUUAAUUAGAGCAUACAAUAUGAUGUUCUCAUUCACGUCGCUUGGUGGUCAAAUUGAUAAUUCCGUGAACCAUGGGAAUGCACCGUAUGUGUUUCGCAUGCAGGGUCAAAAUUAUCAUCGCAUCGGUGAACUUUUGCCUGGCCCUUCCAAAAGUCCUGCUUUCUCGCAGCUCUAUAUUCAUGAUACCGUAAACGAAGUCUCGAAUAGGAUGGGUGUUAUGGGGUGAGUUGUUUAUUGUAAUAUAUUUUUUAUAUUAUGUCCACGAAUUAAUUUCCGUUUUUUGUUGUUUUUAAUUGUUUUAGCGAGAAAGGACCGGGUAAGCAAAUAAAGAAGAGUAUCGUUAAGACUUUAUAGGAUAUGUUAGAUGCUAACAAC